GCCGGUCCCCAGCUCUUGGGCCAGUUUCUCAACUGGGGCCUCAUGGGUGCACUCUCGAUCCAAGUCUACUUGUACCAUAUCAUGUUCCCCAAGGACCAGCUCUCUCUGCGUCUCUUCGUGUACGGGAUACUCGCGUUCGAGUGGGUCCAGACGGGGCUCAUCACCGCGAACGCAUUCCAAGUCUUCGUGUAUAACUUCGGGGACGUGCCGAACCUACUCAAGUUCCACAACUCGUGGUUCAGCGUGCCGAUCAUGUGCGGCGUCGUGUCCGUCGCGGUGCAGUUCUUCUAUGCGCGGCGCAUCUUCGUCCUGAGCGGCUCGAUGGUCCUUGCUGGAGUCAUUUGCGUGCUUGCAUUGACGCAGGGAUCGGCGGCGAUUGCUAGUGGGGUGAUGGUGAGUAGGCACACAUGCGAAGUGAACACAUCUGUGGAACUCACUGUUGCCGAACAGACUUGGCUGGGUGGUAGCGCCCUCGCAGACAUCGUCAUCGCGGUGACUAUGACCAUCCUUCUCCUGAAGACGAAGACCGGCUUCCGCCGCUCCGACUCGCUCGUGAACAAGCUCGCCCGGCUGGCGAUCGAGUCCGGGACCAUCACCGCGAGCGUCGCCAUCGUCGACGUGGUGAUGUUCUCCGCGCUCCCGCAGACCCUGUACCACGAGUGCCCCGCGCUCGCGCUCGCGAAGCUGUACGCGAACAUGAUGCUCGCGUCGCUGAACAACCGCGCGUUCAUCCGCCAG